AUGGCGCCAAAGGGGAAGUCCUCAGCGUCUUCGGGGACACGCAAGAAGCAUGCGAGGAAGGCGGCGGCAGGCGGCCCUGUCGAAGAGCCCGUACUUCCCAAGGAAAAGAGGGCCAAGGGCAAGGACAAGAAGAACCAAGAGCCCAGAAAGAAGGUAUACAUACCGCCUGUGAAGCCCGUCCCAGUACAGCCGGAUCCGCUGGAUACCCUCGGCAUUGCGCAGAAAGUGCCACCCGAACUGCUCGUCGUGCUGAAACGGCUUGCGAAGAAGGAUUCAAUCACGAAAAGGAGAGCUUUGGAAGACCUUCAAGCGGGCUGGGUGGACAAUGUCCGACGCGAAGGGGAGAGCAGCAGUCUACUGCCCGAUCUGCUGGAAUCUAUCCCAGUAUGGCUACACCAUGUCCCUGCACUUUUCAUGCACCCAUCUCGCCGCAUCCGUCUACUUGCCGUCGGACUGCACUCGUCCCUUCUCCAUCUCCCGCGCGUUUUAACCGACGCGCUCCUGUAUGCUAUAACCGACGGUGUCUCUUCUGAUAACGCCGAGUACAUUAUCGGUGCGUGGUGCACGGCUGCACAUGAUGUCGAUCGCCAGGUUUCGUUGCUUGCGCGCCAGUCCUGGGUCCGCUCCGUCUCACUCUCCUCUGCUGUGCCCGAACAAAAGCUCCUUCUUGAGGGCGCGCUCCUCCAGCAGCUGUGGGGUUACACGCACAGGACACUGCUAGACCCUAGUGGUGUAUAUGCGUACGUCAACCCUCCGCAGGCUGUCGCACAUCCACCGUCGGUACAUCAAGGACGGAGGGGGUCAGGGCGUGCACCUCCUACCCCAGUGCGGAAGGAUAGGGAAGAAGAGGCGAAUGCGCGUGCAAGGACAGAGGAGGAAGAGGAGAAUGAGCUAGAUCGAAAUGCGCGGCUGCGCGUCGGUGCCUGCGGUGCGGCGGAGUGGCUCAUCAACGCGCUUGCUGGCUCUGAGAGCACGGCAAAAGCGCUCACGGACGAGUUUCUCGCGCCUUUCGCAAACCCUGCGCUGUGGUCUGCACUAUGCCAUGCCCAAACACCGCCAUUUGUGCAGAUCGAUGGACCCGGGUUCGGGUUUGCGCAGCCUGGCGUGCGAAGGGCGGCAUGGUCUCUUCUGCAGACAAUGUUGCGGUCGUGUAAAGCCGGCAUUCAAGGACUGGUACCCGUCCUGAGCGGUGCCGUUCUGCGAUCCGCCUGGGUUGAGCCAGAUGUGAACGUCAGGGCUACCAUGUGGCAACCUCUGCUCACGUUUCUCAAGGAUCAUCCAUCUGCCUGGGAAGUUGAGGCAAUCUCCGAACAAGAACAGGACGCGGAUGACUCCAAUGCCGAGUCGGAUGGGAGUGAAGAUGAGGAGGAAGCAACGCCUCGGAAGGCAAUUCCGAAGGAAUCGGGCACCAUAGGGCCGUCGCAGGCUUACCGCGAGUUCCUCCAGUUCCUUGAACUCGGUUGCGGCGGUGUGCCCUUGCAGGGCUACCCGACAGUACUCAUCAUUCUCGCCACGAUCCCACCUACUGUUAUCUCGUCGUUUUCCCCUUCGCCUCUGCAAGCCCUCUUCACCUCGUUCUGGGCUGCGCUAGAUGGUCGUGCGCUCAGUUCGCUGGACCGGAAGGCAGCCUCGGCUGCAUUUCUUUCUUCGCUGCUUGAAUGUCUUGUGCUUAUGGUGCGCCGCCUGGUGGCUGCAUCACCAGAGGUCGCAAAGUCGUUGGCAGGCACGUCUCUGCAGGCUGGCGACGGUACUGACGUACAGCGAGAAGCGGCACAGUCGCUCUUACGAGAGCAGUUCAGCAGGGCAUGGGAGGAGCUGAGCUCCAAGCGGCUCAAGAUCGAGGGUGAGACGGCAGGGUCAAUCAUCGCGAAGAACUUGACAACACUGUGUCGAUUCGAUAGCGGUAAGUGGCGAAAAUCGCAUGGAGCUUUUGUCGCCUCGUCUAACAAUUCGGUCCUUCCUGGAGACUUGUUCCAAGCCGCAUGGGAUGCACUCGCAUCCGCGAUCAGAACGCAAGUCCACGCGCCAGAUACGCCUGUGUCACCCCUUGUGUCACACGUGCUGCAAGUCCUGCAGAGACAAUUUGAGCAGGGCUCUGUUCCCGCGGCUGCUGCGCAAGCAUUGACAAGAGAGAUUGUUCAGGAUGCUAUCCAACAGUGGGAAAAAUUGCUGGAGUCGGAGCAUGCACCUGAAGUAGGGCGCGUCGAAGCUUUGGUCGGUAUAUUCGAUGUGUUCGGGGCGUCCAUCUUCGGUCAGCCUGACCUGGCGAAGUCUGUCGACGAGACGAUUCGCCAACACACGAUUCGUCUGCUGACGACGUCACCCCGCAUGUUCCUCGUGUAUCUGAAGCACCGGGGAAAUCGCCAGCUUUGCUUCCAGCUUUGGCAAGACAUCCUUCGCGCUGUCGCAACGCACACGAGCGGUGUCAGUGUGAUCCUAUCGCCGUUCCUAGAUGCCGCGGAAGGCAGUCUCCUUCCCGACUACCUCAAGCCAGAGUCAGGCAGUCUGGACGAUUUGGCAGGAGACUUGCUUGCCGAGGCCUUGUCUGGAUCACGAACGAUAGCCGAGGUCACAAUCGUUCGUCGGCUUUUCCGCUCACCAGACUAUUUCAUCUCGCAACCCUGCUUCCAGAGUCUGCUUGCAAGUCUUAUAUCCAACUUCACCUUGCAUUUCGCACAUGCCCUGCGAGAUGAGACGGUAUCGACAGACGAUUUCAACACGUCCCUCGACCUGAUCCAAGGCCUCGCUAACACACACCCCGCUAUCUUGUUCUCCGAAGAGAAUGCCAAGUCGCUCUUCCCUGAUGUCUUCUUGUUCUCCCACCUGCUCCCGCGGUUCACAUCCGUCAGCGAGCAACAACAGAACAUCGCCCGCGAUCUGUGGCGUAGCUGGUUGUCGAACUCCCCAUACGAAGUAAAGAGUAACACGCUGGCGAUCUUGAGGCAGCGGAUCAAGGAGCUCUUACUCGACUGUGACGUUCGUCCAACAGCGGAGCAGAUCGUGCGCAUGGUCUUGGAAAACCUCUCAGGGUUAGACAUGGACUCAUCGCUGGAGACUUUACCGUCCCGAGCGGAUUUGGACGACAUGCUCAUCCGGCUACCUUAUACACCUGCUGACCCCAGCUUGGCGGUUGUCGACCCUCUCGUCCCACCACCGAGCUUGUGCGAGCCCCUGCCCGCCGUGAGCGGAAAAUACGACCAAGCUGGGUUUUCCGUAUACGCGCGGGCGGUAUAUGCAUUGCUUCUUCGUUUCCUCGAGGAUCGGCACGCAGCAAAAAUCAAUGUGUGGGCAUUGCGACAUCUCCUGGCGCUUUCUUUGUAUGCGGAGGAGAUACUCCAAUCAUUGGCAGUCCCGAGUCCCGUUUUCUCUGGACAUAUUCCAAGGAGCAGCCUCGUCGACAUACAGGCGCGGGUGAGCCAAAUUGCAGCGUACCUCCUAUCUAGUGGCCACGAGGAUGGUUGGCAUAACACUGUCGUCGGCACCAUAAUGGCCAGCAAAGGCAGCGAUAUGCUAGACGGUGUCGGCCAAGUUGUGUAUGAGCAAAUUCAGCACGCCAAGCUUAAGGACACACCUAGGGAGUCCCGGAUUAUCCAUGUGAUCUUGCAACACGUUCUCAGCUUCGUGACGAAACCGGAGGCUGAGCAGUGGUUGCAGCUUGCUCGGAGACUUGAGAAGCAAGCGCCGCAUAUGUCUCUGGCGAUCAUCUACUCGAUUACUCAGUAUGCUCCCGAGCCGCUGAUGCUGGAUAGGUAUAGGAAUGAGCUGGCAGCAGGCAUGCUAGGGGUGCCCCCAUCGAAGGCAAACACGGAGGGCCUAUGGCUUCUACGCAGACUGGCUGCAGUUGCGCCUGAUCCUGAAUCUGACAUCAUCUUCCUGCCGCAGCUCCGAGCAGUGAACUUGAUGAAGGUGUGCCAACAAUGGAUUGCGUCGGACGAGGACCUCGACGAAGAGGUCGAGAGCGAGAUGACGCUAGUGUUCUUCCAUCUUGCUCCCAUCCUUCAGAACGUCCAGGGCGUGCACUGGGAUCUGAUUUUCGAUGUCAUGGAAAACAACCUCGAGAACGCAUCCCUCAAGGAGGCUUCUACGCUCGUAAACCUGAGCAGAACGCUACGACUGUUGAUCGCCGUUGAGGAUUUGACAUCAACCAACAGGUCCCUUCGUGCAGUCUGGCAAGAGCGCGAGACUACAUGCCUUUCCCUUGUUCGCGAUCUUGCGGCGACAAAGCUUGACUUGGAUAGAACAUUUACUCCGGUAUCUAUCUGUCGGGAGCUUGCUCUGCAGAUCGUUCAGGACUUGCCCGAGUCCCUCAUGGACGCGAAGACGUUGCCAAAGAUGUGUCACGUUAUUACGGAUACGUCGGCUGACGUCCAAAGGAUGGCAUACCAGUGCCUGCAUGAGGCCGCUAAGAAGUACACGGAGCAUAUAGUCAUUGAAGCAGCCGUAGAAUCCGAGGACCCCGUGAAGCCUGAGUUGCCCGUGGAGCUGCUCGACAUACUUCAGCGGAGUAUUUAUUCCGAUGAUGGAAUGGAAGCGACCAGUCAAGAAACGUCCGGCUACUUCCUGGCCUGGAUGCUGGCUCUCGAUUUGUUCGCGAAUGCCUCGCUGAAGGUCAAGUCUGGCUACAUUGAUCAGCUUCGCGAACUUGGUCUUGUCUAUGAUAAUCUGCUACCGAGCAUCUUCACCAUCCUCGGAUUGUAUGACGGGUUGCCUAAAGCAUUCAAGCUCGACAUCUGGGCCAUCGAUGAGUAUUAUCUGGACUUCUGCUCACCAGGAUCACCGUUAAGCCUCCGUCUUCUGGCGGCCCAUCUGUACUACCGCGCCCUGCUUGUGGUCCCUUCGCUCAUCCGCGGCUGGCUCUCUGACUGCCGCGACCGCCAGCUUCUCAGCGCCAUCACCGCGUACACCGCCGCACACUUCUCGCCCGCCAUCGUGCGGUCUGUGCUUGCGACGCUGCGCGACCCUGGCGCUGCGCCGGACCUCGCGGACGAUAACUUCAGCGUCCGCGUCGCGGGCGCUGUCGGCGAGGUCACGGCCGCAUACCUGCUCGACGACCACAAGCUCGAGCUCGUGGUGCGCCUCCCGCAGGACUACCCGCUGCACGGCUUCGAGGUGCGCGACCGCAAGCCCGUCGGCGUCGCGGAGGAGCGGUGGCGUGCGUGGGUGCUCGGCGUGCAGCAGAUCCUCUCGUUCCGGAGCGGCAGCAUCGUCGACGGCCUGGCGUUCUUCAAGAAGAACAUCACGUCGUACUUCGAGGGCCUCGCGGAGUGCGCGAUCUGUUAUUCGUUCAUCAGCGCGAUGGACGGCAGCUUGCCGCGCAAGCCCUGCAAGACGUGCAAGAACCGCUUCCACGCCGGGUGUCUCUAUAAGUGGUUCCACAGCAGCCACUCGUCGAGCUGCCCGCUCUGCCGCUCGGAGAUCUUCUUCUGAGGAGCGUUGGGUGCCGCAGGACCGUCGUAGUACCAGAAGCCCCAUUACCGUUACCGUGUAUUCUA